AGUACAAGGAGCAGGGGGGAAGCAUGAAGAAAAAGGCAACUUUUCUGCUCAUUGCUGGGGUCCUUGGGGCCUGGUUCAUCUAUAUACCACUGCCAGCUAAUUUUGAGGAGUCCUGGAAACUAACAUGGAUUAUGGCACCAAUUAGAGCAACGACAGGCCUGGCCCUGUUUGCUGACUAUCUAGGAAUCAUCCAUUUUGUGAACAGUCUGAUGUUUUUCAUCGGCUUUCUAGAAGUCCCACCCACAUCUGAUGAAAAUGUCAUUGUGACGGAGACCUUUUUCAACAGUGUUCCUGUCCGUGUCUAUGUACCAAAACGGAAAUCAGAGAUACUGAAAAAAGGCUUACUUUAUGUUCACGGAGGUGGUUGGUGUUUACUGGGAGCUGCAUUUUAUAAUUAUGACUAUCUAUCAAGAAGUACUGCUCAUAGUCUGGAUGCUGUUGUCGUGUCUGUCAACUACAGACUAGUACCAAAAUACCACUUUCCAAGUCAGUUUGAAGAUGUGUAUAAUGCAUUAAAGUGGUUUGUACGCCAAGACGUUCUUGAAGAAUAUGGCAUAGACUCUGAAAGAAUCGGUAUUGCUGGAGAUAGUGCCGGAGGAAACUUAGCUGCAGCGGUGACCCAACAGUUCAUAGAUGACCCAGAUGUCAAGAUCAAACUCAAGAUCCAGGCCUUAAUUUACCCAGUCCUUCAGACUCUGGACAUGAAUUUACCAUCAUACCAGGACAAUGCUGACCUUCCCUUCCUGACCAGAUCACUAAUGAUCAGAUUCUGGAGCGAUUACUUUACCACAGAUAGGUCACUUGAAAAGGCCAUGCUCUUCAACCAACACAUACCCAUGGAAUUAAGCCAUCUUUUCCAAUUUGUGAAUUGGAGUUCUUUGCUCCCUGAGAGGUUUGUGAAAGGCCACAUUUAUCGCCAUCCUAUCCCUGGCAGUUCAGAGCUGGUUAAGAAAUACCCAGGGCUCCUGGAUGUGAGAGCAGCCCCACUGCUGGCCGAUGAGAGCAAGUUGCAUGGUCUGCCUUUGACCUACAUCAUCACUUGUCAGCAUGACAUCUUAAGAGACGAUGGACUCCUAUAUGUCGCCCGUCUUCAGAAUGCUGGAGUGAACGUGACCCAUGACCACAUAGAGGAUGGAUUCCAUGGACUCUUAGCCUAUAUGUGGCUUGAAAUUAAAGACAGGACAGAAAAUCAGUACCUGAGUUGGCUAAGACAAAACCUAUAGUAAAAACAUAAGCAAUUAUAUAUUGAAGAUAUGUAAAACCCAGAACCAGGACAAGCUAGUAAAAAUCAAGAGCUAACAGUUCCUGUGAUGUUUAUCAUCUGUCAUGUCCCUAAGGCAUUGGUGGCCUUAUUUUUGUUGUAAUUAUUGUUUGUUGUUAGCAGAUUCUCCUGUUUUAGUCCUUACUCUUUUAUUCACUUCUGUAAAAAUUUCUGACUUACUUUUUUUUUAUCACAAUUACUCACUUCUAUCUCUAAUUUGCAGCUUUUGUUUAUGAUUGCCAAAUAGUUGAUCAUUGUCAAACAUAUCUGAUUGGUAAAAUGCCAGAAUUUUAAUGUGCCUGAGUUUAGAGCCUUUGAACACUGCCCUGUACGUACUGAAUUGUAUUAUGAGCCAAAUUUCCUGUUUGUUUUGGAUUUUGUACAUUGUACACUUAAUGUGUUCUCCUGGGAUAUUUCCACACAUGUCUAUAACAUGCUUUGAUAUCAAUCUUUCCUCAUGACUGCUUCUUGUCCUUUUCCUAACACCCUUCUACACAAUGUCCUCCAAUAAUGUUCAUGAAUUUCUGUUACUUUGACUCAUGUAUCUAUAUUCCAUUUAUGACAUAAUUUAUGUAGUAUUUGUUUGAGUAUGGCUUAUUUCACUAUGAUGAUUUGUAUUUCCAACAAUUUUCCUGAAAAAUCAAGUUUUCAUUCUGCUUUAUAACUGAAUAAUACUCCUCUGUGUGUGUGUGUGCGCGCACACACACACACACACAUGCGUAAAGCAUUUUCUUUAUGGGAACCAAGGAUGAUUCCAUAAUUUGGCUAUUGAGAAAUGUACAACACUGAACAUAUAUUUGUUUGCAAUUUUAUUGAAUGCUGUCUAAACAUUCCUUUGGGUAUAUACCCAACAAUGUUCCUCUUUUUGAGGAACAUUCAUACUGAUUUCUGUCAGUUGUACUAACUAACAUUCUCACCAAAAGUGCAUAAGAAAUUUCUGCUUUAUUGAAUUGGAAGUGAAAGAUUCUUUCAUAAUUUGUCUCUAUUCAUCUAUUUCUCUUAUUAAAUUUAUUCUUUCCUCACCUCUCAUGUUUGUAGUCACUAUUUCUCUGUAUGGACGAUUUCUUCAAAUAUCUUCUGCAAUGCUGACUUAGUGUUCACAACUUGCUUUAUCUUGUGUUAUUCUUUGGAGAUAUUUAUUUUUCAUUCAAUUUUAAAGGAUAACAAGAAAUAUA